AGGUACAAAACACAACAAGCCAUUUGAAGACAGAGCUCACUUUCCUUAUACUACUACUCUUGCAUGAUCACAAUAUAUAUCACAUACAUGACAACCAAAGUACUCGAUCGACUAAAUAACAUCCCAUUUUAAACCGUAGUUAAUUUGUUCUUAGUAGACAUUAUUAUGCCUAUCUCUAGCCACCAGCGUUCGCAUAUAGAUGGAAAGAAGUGGAAAUUAUGUCCCUUUUGGCAAUCUGGAACAGCUCCCGCCUCUUCUUCUACGCAAAGUUCUCAACUUCAGAGUCAAAAAAGCCACGAAAAAGGUGCGGCAUCAAACGGUAACAGUCGGUCUUCAAACAAGGUAUCAUCUGUCGCAAAAUCGCUCCUGCCAGCUAGACGAAGACUACGCCUUGAUCCAGCUAACAACCUUUACUUUCCAUAUGAGCCUGGUAAACAGGUUAGAAGUGCGGUUCGCAUGAAAAACCAAAGUAGCUCUCAUGUUGCCUUUAAGUUUCAAACUACUGCGCCAAAGAGCUGCUAUAUGCGACCUCCUGGUGGUAUUCUGGCCCCCGGUGAAAGCAUUAUCGCUACAGUUUUCAAGUUUGUUGAGCAACCGGAUAAAAAUGAAAAACAAUCGGAUCGAAGGAGCAAGGUUAAGUUCAAGAUCAUGAGUCUCAAGGUCACCGAAGGAACAGACUUUGUUCCUGAAUUGUUUGAUGAGCAAAAGGAUGAAGUAGUUGUUGAACGAAUUUUGCGUGUAAUUUUCUUAAAUGCAGAACGAUCUACUCCUGCAUUGGAAAAACUAAAGCAUCAGCUUGCUGAAGCUGAAGCUCAACUAGAAAUAUGCAAAAAACCUCCAGCGGAUCCACCUCUAAAAGUUGUUGGGCAAGGACUUAUCAUAGAUGAAUGGAAAGAACGAAGGGAGAAAUAUCUUGCUCGACAACAGGUUGAGGCUGUAGAUUUGAUGUGAAGAGUUCUCUAUAUCAUCAGUUUGUAUCUUGUUUUUUAAUUUUUUUAUUUUCAACCAUCUCCUUGAGCUAGUUAUGCUAUGUGGUAGCGGUUUCACAGAGGUCUAGUUAUGCUGGACAAUUUAUAAAAUUACUAUUAUACAAGCCUUUACAGCCACAUUGCCUCAUUGGCUUUGUGCUUCCAACGUGUAACAAUCUAUUUUUACGCUUCCAACCUCGUAAUGGCAUUUAAGAGUACCGGUUUUGUAUGGCCAUCCACUGUAUAUUAACUAAUGAGAACAAAAGAGCAACAAGAUGAGAUAGCAUGGUAGUAGUACUGAUACAUUGAACAAGGCUCAUAAGACAAUACUUGAUUAUGACAUAUCAGCAUGGUGCUAAAGAAUAAGACAAUAAACAUUAGCCGGUUUCAAGCAAUUGGUUCAUCUUAAGCCCAACCUUACUCUAAAACCUCCAACCCCUUCCUACCUCUAUAUAAACCUGCAAUCCGAUUCACAGCCUUCAAACACAUUCAUCUUCGUCAAUUGUUUCAGAAGUUCAAGAAAUGCAGGCUGUCAACAAGGCUUGUUUAAUCGUGACGCUGGGAGCUGUAAUAGGACUAAGGCAUUGUACGUAUAGAUCCAAACCACAUACCAUUUGGCAAGUAGUUGGCCCAUCGGCAUCCCAAGGCAGACUAUGUCCGGUUGCAUCAGACUCAACAACCGAGGUCUCAAGAAAAGGAAAGAAGCCUAGAGAUGUUAUAGAACCAUUGAGGACUGUAGUCUAUUUGAGUUGCUGGGGUCCCUAUCAAUAAGCUCAACAAUCUUCUUCAUGAUGUAAUAUACAAAUGCGUCUUAGAACAGUAAAGCUGUAAUAGAUUGUAUUUAUGAUGUAAUUAACAAGAUUUUAAGCAUUCCAAACUUCACAAAA